AUACACUCCAACCCUUCCCUCGUUUCUCGACGCCCACCACAGCGCCCAUUGAGUAUAUCAUGCCCAGAGGUAACGAUCAAGGCUACCGCGGUCGAGGCAACAGCAGAGGCGGAGGUGGCAGGGGAGGCUAUCGGGGUGGUGGUGGACGCGGUGGCGGAGGGCGAGGCAGAGGCAGAGGCAGGGGUCGAGGUCGGGUGGAUGGCGACGACAUUGCCUUCGACCCUAUGCUCAUGCGAUCAUACGAGCAGUCGGCGAGAGGCGGAGGUGGAGGCGCUCGUCCGCGGGGCAACUACCCGCACGCAGGCACCGACUCUGUGGUGCAGCAGUGGAUGGAGUCGAAUCAAAACGUUCCAUCACGAGGACGAGGACGGGGGCCUUCUACGCCACGCUCUCGUGGAUCCAACACGCCUAGAGGUGCUCAGACACCGACGCGGGCUCGAGGAAGGGGUCAGGUCUCGUCACCCAGAGCGGGCAUCAGCGCGGAUCGUGGACGAAGAGGACGGGGAGGAGGAGGAUACGCUGGACCCCGUCUUGGGCCGGAUGCGCCUCUCUCGAAGCUGCUUCACUCGGAGAGACCGCUGCUGAAGCCAGUCAUCUUCGUGCCCUCCGUCCUUACAAAGAAGCUGUUCGAGGUAGAAGAGCAGAUUCUGGAACCCGUGGUCGAGAGCGCAGGAGCAGAAGAGCAGAGCCACGUCCCCACUGCCGAUCGAGUCGCCCGCAUCUUCAGCGGACAUCGGCCUCCUCCCACGCAGGGGUUGGCACCCGAGUCCUCGGACGAGGAAGAAGAGCUCGAGGUGAUCGACUUCAAUGAUGUAGACCGGCUCCGAGCUAAGCUGGAUGCCGCUACAUCGAGCGCGAGUGUGAUGGUCGUCGAAACGACGACGGUCGUCACCGAAGAGGUUUUCACAGGGCAAGUCAAGGCGGCUCAGCCGGACGCUGUGGCGCCCCAAGAGGAGGAAUUGAUGGAGACGGCGGUUACAACGUCCAUCGUUGAACCUGAAGUGAUUGUCGAAGAACAUGAGAGCGAGGAGAUGCUGCACGACGACGACUCUAUCCCUGUGAGGGAAGACAGCGUACCAUUACAUUCCAACGACAUAUCGGCCGACGUCACCGAAACUCUGGAUACGGAUCAUCUUAUGGAUCAUAGUGCGCAAGCAACGGAACAUGAGACGACUGAUGUCCCGCCCACCGACGACCAUAUGGUAGAAAUUGCAGCUCCUUUGAGCGACACCGAUCACCCUCCCACCUUCUUCAUCGACACCACCCCAUCUCACACCUAUGGUCGUGAACAAGAGAUUUUCCAUGAACGCUCCGGGAAAGCGCCCAUUCUCGGUGACGAAGAAGAGGUGAUCGUCUACGUCGCACCCCACCCUCGCUCAGGCCACGCCACACCUUCAAAAGGUUCUAGUGCCGCUCUCCCAUCCACCUCGAUCCUCACCGGUACUACAGAGACGCUCGCACUCGACUUUUCGACGCCCGUGCCGACGAAGCGGCCGCCACGCCAGCGGCCCGUCUUCACGCCGGGCGACCGGACGAAGCAAAAAGCAAAGACAAAGCACAAGGAGUCGCGCAUCGCACGAAAGCGGAUGGCGAGGAAGGCGAUGUUCGGCUCGUUCGGAGCGAUGCUCUCGGAGCGGAUGUUGCAUGAUGAAGACGACCCACGGUGGGAGGAGCGGAGGAGGGAUGAUUCGGAUGUUGACUGGGGCGACGAGGAUGAGGAAGAGCGCAGUGCUGCCCAGGGGAGCGGGAGUCGCGUACGGCAGCAGUUCCAGGCCGAUGAGCUCGAUGAGCUCUCGAGUGGGCUGGGCGGUAUGGAUCUGGACCCGGAUGUCGGUGGCAUGGACGGGUUCCUGAAGAGCAUGAGCGCCGAGGGAUCGCGUCAUCUCAACGCGGACGACCUCGAGGACAUGGAGCGCAUGCGCAUUGAGGACGAGGAGGCGGGUUCUGGAUCCGGCUCUGACGAGGAUGAAGACGGGGACAGUCGAGACGAUCCCGAUGAAGCUGCCGUGUUUGAGGUUGAGGAGGAGAUUAUGAUCGCCGAGUCGGACGGCGAGGGCGAAGGAGGGGCCAGUGACAGUGACGAUGUAUCGACGGACGAGGAAGGUGUCAGUCCUCAGACAGGUUUCAAGAACAGACUCAAUCGCCUUCGCGAGGAGGCGCGCAAGAAGCGGCCUGCGCAUGCGAACAUGUCGCCAGACGACUCAGAUGAAGACGAGGAUGGCUUCCCGCUGUGGACGAGAGGGGACAGUGACGACGACUUCAUCGAAGCAAUGGGCGCGAUAGUAGACGAGAAAAGCUCUACCGUGUACGGUAAGGACCGCAAAGAGCGGAACAAGCUCUUCCGCGCUGUUCAGAACGGGGACUUUAGCGACUCUGAGCUGGAGGCUAUGGGUGUUCCAGUAAAACGAAAGGACAAGAAUAAGCAUCUCCCGCAAGAGCUCCAACGGCAAUGGGAGAAAGACCGCAAGAAGAAAGCCGAACACAAACGCGCGCGCGAGGAAGCCCGCCUGCUGGACGCUCUCGACGCACUCACACCCAAGAAAGGAGGCAAGAAAGGCCGCAAGGCCCUGCGCGCCGCCGCGCGCCUUGACCCCUCCUUACUCUCGGAUGAUGAAUCCAACGCUAUCGUCGACUUCAAGUCGCUCGAGCGCCAGAUCCGGCGGUUCAUCACCGACCCAGGUCCCAAGCGCAACAUGGUGCUCCCGCCGAUGGACAAGACCUCGCGGAAGCGAGUGCACGAGCUCGCGAACGCGUUCAGUCUCAAGAGCCAGAGUAAAGGCAAGGGGAGCGGGCGGUACACGACGCUCGUCAAGACGGCGCGGUCGCAGAUGGUCAACGAGGGCAAGGUGCGCGCGAUUUUGCGGAGGUAUGAUGGGUUCGAUCGGCCGGAUGCGGGGCGGAAGGAUCGGGAUCACGGGGGGAAGACGAGGCUGAGGGAUGGGGAGGAGGUCGGCAAGGAAGCACCAAAGAUCGGCGAGACGAAUCUUGGGUUCAAGCUGCUCGCUGCAAUGGGGUGGGCUGAAGGAGAGAGGAUUGGAUUCUCGUCUGCGGGUUUGGAGACGCCACUUACGGCUGUGAUGAAGAACACGAAGCUUGGGUUGGGUGCGGCAAAGUAGAUGAAUAGAUAGUGCUUCAUGUAGUAAUGAGGGUGACGAUAAUUAUAGUCCCUGUGUGCUCC